CCGCGCCCCGGUGCCCGCGCCCCCGAGGGCCCCGCCUGCUCUCCUCGCGCCGCGGAGCGGGCGCCAGACGCCGAGGCCGCGCUCCUGCCUGGGAAGCUCAGUCAGCUGAGGCCCGGCUGGCUCUCAGAGUGGGGGUGAAGAAGUAACCUUUGUCUACUUAAAAAUGCAGGGUAUUUACUUCAAAUAAAGAACAUGGUGAAACUAAUUCAUACAAUAGCUGAUCAUGGUGAUGACGUCAACUGCUGUGCCUUCUCCUCUUCCCUCUUGGCUACUUGUUCCUUGGACAAAACAAUUCGCCUGUACUCCCUAAGUGAUUUUACUGAACUGCCACACUCUCCACUGAAGUUUCACACCUAUGCUGUCCACUGCUGCUGUUUCUCCCCUUCAGGACACAUUUUGGCUUCAUGUUCAACAGAUGGUACCACUGUCCUAUGGAAUACUGAAAAUGGACAGACUUUGGCAGUGAUGGAACAGCCCAGUGGUAGCCCCGUGAGGGUUUGCCGGUUUUCCCCAGACUCCACUUGUUUGGUAUCAGGAGCAGCUGAUGGAACUGUUGUUUUGUGGAAUGCACAAUCAUACAGGUUAUACAGAUGUGGUAGUGUUAAGGAUGGCUCCUUGGUAGCUUGUGCGUUUUCUCCUAACGGAAACCUCUUUGUCACUGGCUCCUCAUGUGGAGAUUUAACAGUAUGGGAUGAUAAAAUGAGGUGUCUGCAUAGUGAAAAAGCACAUGAUCUUGGAAUUACCUGCUGCGAUUUUUCUUCACAGCCAGUGUCUGAUGGAGAACAAGGCCUUCGGUUUUUUCGACUGGCAUCAUGUGGUCAGGAUUGCCAGAUCAAAAUUUGGACUGUUUCUUUUACCCAUAUCUUAGGUUUUGAAUUAAAAUAUAAAAGUACAUUGAGUGGGCACAGUGCUCCUGUUCUGGCUUGUGCUUUUUCUCAUAAUGGACAGAUGCUAGUCUCAGGAUCCGUAGAUAAAUCUGUCAUAGUGUAUGACACUAAUACUGAAAAUAUACUUUACACACUGACUGAGCACACCAGGUAUGUCACAACUUGUGCCUUUGCACCCAAUAUCCUUUUACUUGCUACUGGUUCAAUGGACAAAACAGUGAAUAUUUGGCAGUUUGAUCUGGAAACACCUUGCCAAGCAAGGAGCACAGAAGAUCAGCCAAAGCAAUUUACUGAAGAUUGGUCAGAGGAUGAUGUCUCAAUGUGGCUUUGCACACAAGGUUUAAAAGACCUUGUUGAUAUUUUCAAAAUGAAUAACAUUGAUGGAAGAGAACUGUUGAAUCUUACAAAAGAAAGUCUGGCUGAUGAUUUGAAAAUUGAAUCUCUAGGGGUGCGUAGUAAAGUUCUGAGGAAGAUUGAAGAGCUCAGGACAAAGUUGAAAACUCUUUCUUCUGGAAUUCCCGAUGAAUUUAUAUGUCCAAUAACUAGGGAGCUUAUGAAAGAUCCUGUCAUUGCAUCAGAUGGCUAUUCAUAUGAAAAGGAAGCAAUGGAAAAUUGGAUCAGCAAAAAGAAACGUACAAGUCCCAUGACAAAUCUUGUUCUUUCUUCAGUGGUACUUACACCAAAUAGGACUCUGAAAAUGGCCAUCAACCGGUGGCUAGAGGCUCAUCAAAAAUAAAAUUGUUUACAUUAUAUUGUAUUAUUUA